GCUGUUACUCCUGGAGGCAUGGAGGAGUGCGCUUGCCUCUGCGUCGUGGGCUCUUCACAGGGAUGCAAGCGGUGUCGCCAGGAGUGCCAGGGCCCAGCUGAGAGGGCAGCUGCUCAAGGCAAGCCGCCCCUGGCCCCUGCAGAAAAGCACAUCGAGGCUGACAAGGCAGCGGGCUGCUGUGCGGGGAGUGGAGGAAUGGCGAGUCCCAUGCUGCCCCAGCGCUGCUCGCUGCAGGACCUGCCGGUGGAGAUGCUGGUGGAGAUCUUCGCCUCACUCCCCGGCACCGAUCUGCCCAGCCUGGCCCAGGCCUGCACCAAAUUCUGCCACAUCCUGCACACCGACAGCAUCUGGAGACGGCACUGCCGCGAGGAGUUUGGCGUUUGUGAAAACUUGCAGAAUCUGGAGACGAUAGGUAUGUCUUAUCAAGAAGUCUAUGCGAAGCUGCUCCACCCAUACAGACACAUUUUGGGAUUGUGGCAGCUAGAUACUGAGGGCUAUAGAACACUGCUGAAUGUAGUGGUGGACGGCUUAUGCAUUACUGGUUGGAAGUUCGGGCCUUGCCUUAACACCCAUGUGCAUGGCCCAAUGCAAUUCAAGCCCGCGUUCAGAAUUCACCUGACGGAGAGGAAAUCAGCCGCGGUGGAGUGCAUGCAAGGCCGCCACAGCAGGCCCCACAGCCGCCACCUGCAGAUUCAGAAGGACAGGUUCACCACCCAGUGCAACAAGGCAGACCACCAAAUGGAUACACCAACGCGGCUUAGGGACGAACAGGCGUGGGUGCUGGUGCAGGAGGACAGACAGCAGUAUGACUGCCUGACCUACCGCCGCCUCUACCUCCCGCCGAGCCACCCGGACGACCUCAUCAGACCAGGCCUCUUCCAAUGCAACUGCAAUGUCUACGGCCUAUCGAUUGCCAUGCUCAGCUUCCAUGGGAAGUAUGCCAGGGUCACGAAGGUCACGGGAGACUCCAACCCGAGGUUAGAGAUCCACCUCAUGCGCCGCAUCCAGCUGCCAGAUGGCGAGAUCUUCCCCAACUUCAACGAGCUCUCCCGCGUGGUCCAGGAGAUUGAUGAGCAGGUGAUCCGGGAGCAGCAGCAGCAGCAAGAAGACAGGACUGAGGAAAGCCAGGGCCAUGGCUGGCAGAGCCCUGCCCAGCCCAGCGUCAGAGAGUCCGGGGAUGCAGCUUCAGAGGAGCAGCCUGUUCCCUUUGUUCUGCCUGUGGACGUGCUCUCAAGAGACCAGAACUACCCCCGAACCUGCAGGAUGUGUUUCUAUGGCAUGGACACACUUACUUUUAGUGUUGCCUUAAAUGGCUUCGCCCACAGCAGUUGCAUCCCUGGAGUCUUCAUCCUGUUCGAUGAGAACCACUUCGGGUUCCUCUGGCUGGAGCCAAAAUACUUCAUCCUGUUCGGCAGAGUCCAGAACACCUUCCAGAAUGUGGAGGCACCAUCCCCGCAGGCCUUCCUGGAGAUGCUCAAGAACACUCAGCCCGAACCUCCUGGGAGGAGCAGCUUGCACUUUGAAGAUUUGACAUUCUGA